AUGGAAAUUAGCUUGUGUUAUGCCCCACUUGAAGUAACAGAAACGCAAGGUUUUGUCACCCCAUUUCGAUUGCCAGGGAAGCAUCUGCAAAAUUGCAGGAACGUACACCAUUGGGGGACACCUCUUGGAUGUUGUGGCCAAAGAUUUUUAACUUUAGCUAAUAAUCUGAGAAGUUACAAAGAGCAGAAAACACCCAAUAAGCAUAAACUAGCCAAAAGAAGCAUUUUUUCUGGCAAGCUAGAACAUAAGCAUGCAUCGGCACCUAAGAAUGGUAAUUUGACAACAUUUCAGACUGAUCUAUGUGAGCGAUUGUAUGCGUUCUACCGGUUUUCUCGUCCACACACUGUGAUUGGUACUGUAAUAGGAAUAACUUCAGUUUCUCUUCUUCCUUUAGAAUCAAUGGCAGAUCUGUCUCUGGCAUUCUUAGUUGGACUUUUGAAGGCAUUGAUCCCGUCAAUAUUGAUGAAUAUUUAUGUGGUGGGACUAAAUCAAUUGUUCGAUGUUGAAAUAGACAAGGUAAACAAACCCAAUCUUCCACUGGCUUCUGGAGAAUUCUCUGUGGGAAUAGGAGUGACAAUUGUUUCAACAUGUCUUUUGAUG